AUGCCUUCCGAUAAAUACACCAUCAGACCGUUCGAGGCCGGCGAUGUCGCCGCGACCGGAGAACUGCUCUUCACCCAGAAGCUAGGGCUCACCAUCAACCGCCUCCUUUUCAAGAACUGGCCCAACGGAGAAGUCCAGCGGAAGAACUAUACCAGUACCCUGGCGAACCUCGAUCCUGCCACCAUGGAAUCGCUGACUGUGGUCGAAAACGCCUCGGGUGAGAUUGUUGGCCAUCUCACCAUGACCAGGAAGAAGCCUGCCCCGAAGGGCGAGGGCCCUGGCAAUGGCAAUGACAAUGGCAAAGAGGGAGAGAUCCCGGAUUACUUCAAUCCUGAUGUUCUUUCGACCGUCAUGAAAGUAGCCAAGGAUCUUGAUGCGGUCAUGAAGGACACCGACCACAUUGAGCUCACAUAUAUCAUCGUGGCACCCGAGCACCGUGGACACGGCCUCGGACAGGCUAUGCUAUCUCAUGUGGUCAACAAGGCCAAAUCAGAGGGUCUCCCUGUGGUGCUUGUGUCGGAGCCUCAGGCGUACGGUUACUGGGUGAAGAAGGGUUUCAAGGACACCAAGCAUCUUGAUAUCGAUCUGGCGCAGUGGGCAGCUCCUUAUUCUGGGUUUGGGGCCUUCAGGUUGUCUGGAAUGAUUCUGAAUGCGGGUCCUGAUUAA